AAAUGGGAAAACAUUGCAGUUUGUAUCAGGGUUUUCUCUUUCUCUUGUUAUGUUUAAUUGUGUUUCUUUCUUUUCCAGUGGAGGCUGCCCUGAAGAAGUACCAAUUUGAUAUUCAAGUCAAGAAUGUGAGUAGGUUGUGCCAUGCCAAGCCUAUUGUUACUGUGAAUGGAAUGUUCCCAGGACCUACCAUAUAUGUAAAAGAAGGCGAUCGAGUUCUCGUCAAUGUCACCAAUUACGCCAAAUAUAACAUGUCCAUUCAUUGGCAUGGCUUGAAGCAAUUCCGCAAUGGUUGGGCUGAUGGACCAGCUUACAUAACCCAGUGUCCUAUCAAGACUGGAAACAGUUACACUUAUGAUUUCAAUGCGACUGGUCAGAGAGGAACAUUAUGGUGGCAUGCUCAUAUUUUGUGGCUAAGAACCACAGUUUAUGGUGCCAUUGUUAUCUUGCCCAAGAAUGGGACUUCAUUUCCAUUCCCUCAACCUCAUUCUGAAACUAAUAUUCUGCUUGGAGAAUGGUGGAAUACUGAUGUGGAAGAGAAUGUUAAACAAGCUAACAAGUUGGGUCUACCACCGAACAUGUCCGACGCUCAUACCAUUAAUGGGAAGCCAGGACCACUCUUCCCCUAUUCAGAGAAAUAUACCUUUGCAAUGGAAGUAGAAUUGGGUAAGACCUACCUUUUGAGGAUCAUCAAUGCUGCACUCGAAGAUGAACUCUUCUUCGCUAUUGCUGGUCACAACAUGACAGUGGUGGAGAUUGAUGCAGUCUAUACUAAACCCUUCACAACUCAGGCUCUGAUAAUUGCACCAGGCCAGACCACAAAUGUUCUGGUUAGAGCCGAUCAAGCACCGGGAAGAUACUUCAUGGCUACUAGAGCUUUCAUGGAUGUACCAAUUCCUGUGGACAAUAAAACUGCCACAGCAAUCCUACAAUAUAAAGGCAUCCCCAAUAGUAUUAUGCCUGUGAUGCCACAACUACCUGCACCUAAUAACACAGAAUUUGUAUUGAGCUACAAUCGAAAACUUAGAAGCCUAAACACUCCUCAAUUUCCUGCAAAUGUUCCUCUCAAGGUUGAUAGACAUCUUUUCUACACAAUUGGUCUUGGAAAAAACCUAUGCCCAUCUUGCCAGAAUGGAACAAAACUGACUGCUUCAUUGAACAACAUCACCUUUAUGAUGCCUAAAACUGGCCUUCUUCAAGCACACUAUUUCAAUACCAAGGGAGUGUUUACCACUGAUUUCCCUGAUAAGCCACCAACUCCUUUCAAUUACACUGGUGCACCACUUACUGCUAACCUUGGUACUUCUUUGGAGACAAUGCCUAGGCUGAGUAGGGUAGCAUUCAAUACCACAGUAGAAUUAGUAUUACAGGACACUAAUCUUCUUACUGUGGAGUCUCAUCCAUUCCAUCUUCAUGGUUACAACUUCUUUGUCGUCGGAACAGGAAUGGGUAACUUUGAUCCAGCAAAAGACACUGCAAAAUUUAACUUGGUUGAUCCUCCUGAAAGAAAUACAGUGGGAGUUUCAACUGGAGGUUGGACUGCUAUCAGAUUUAGAGCUGAUAAUCCAGGUGUCUGGUUCAUGCAUUGUCAUUUAGAGCUCCAUACUAUGUGGGGAUUGAAGAUGGCUUUCGUUGUAGAUAACGGAAAAUCACCAGAAGAAUCUGUUUUACCUCCUCCAAACGACCUCCCGCCGUGCUAGACACCAA